AUGGCAGAAACAACUACAUGGGAGCAGUCGAAACCCUUGUUUGAAAAGGGCAUUCAGAGCUCCUCGGUGACGACGCGACUCAGCACUCUUCGAACAGUUAAAGCAUUGCUUUCAGAGAUUGAAGAAUCAGACAGUAGAAUCAUUGUUGCUGCUUUAUUGUCGACGUACAACUACUACCAGGACUUGGACUCUAGAAAUGAGAUUAUCGAUACUUUAAAUUCGAUUGGGAGAAGAUGCAAUCUGCGAUACUUUCAGUGUUAUGUGGAAUUUAUCAACAAGGAAAGCUCGGGCCAUCGAUUGGCACAGCGGGACUAUUUAACAUUGCUAGACUGGAUCAAUGCGUUCAAUCUCGAACUUGCAGCGAGGUCUGAACUUUCCGCUUUAUGUGUCACAGUGCAGGCGAGACUAGUUGUCAAGUGUGUUGAACACGAGGGCAAGUGGAGCAAAGCUCAGCAGAGAAUAGCCCACUCCGUGGCUACUUCAACGAAAAGCUCUCUUGUCAAGACAUUGGCCACUCAGAAAAACCAGGAUUAUCUCGAGAUGAUUGUCAAGAACGAACAUUCUUUCCCCUUGUUGGGCUUGCUCAACUUGGCAGCCGAAGAGCUUAUACCUACCCAGCCCUCGGUUAUAGAGCAAUUUAAAGCUCAAGGAGAAGCCAUCUUAAACACUUACAUCAACCAGAUAUUGCUAGGUAAGAAGUUGCCCUUGGAAGUUGUGUUGAAGAGUUUCAACCCUUGCAUCAAGACUUUGGUCAACGAGGAGAACUACACCGCACUUUUGCAACCAGCAAUUGAAAAAGCAGUCCUCAGAUCAUCGGAAAACUCGUUUGGAUUAGUGCUCCCGCUAUUUUUUGAGAGCCUUGAUGGCGUGGCAAUCACCGUAUCGAGUAAAUUGUUGCUGUCGAUCAUUACUGGUAUCAAAUCCCAAAAGGAAACCGUGAGAAUUGGAGCUUACAGAACGUUAGAGUUGCUCUGCCAAAAGUCCAACGAGGAUCUCAGUGAUGAGAUAUUAAAGGCGCUCAAGUCGACUUCAAACGCGGAUCAGAAAUCCCUUCUCAUCAAAUCACUUUUGCAUUCAACAAAUUCCACCAAGAUUAUCGACGCAUUGCUCUCGCUAGCAAGCAAGGAGCAAAACGAACUAACAUUGAGCAGUUUGGUCAAUGUGCUCACCUAUCACGCAUUCCAGUCAACAUUUGCAAAUGAAGAACUCAUAAAAGUGUACAUUACGGGCUUUAAAUCAAAGUUUCGUCGUGUGUGGUUUGUCGAAUACGCCGGCCAUGCCUAUGAUAAGCCCUCCAUUCCUCAAUUUGAACCUGUUUUGCAAGAAACUUUGAAAUCCAUCGAAGAUGCUCCUGCAUCCAACAUAAAAUUCAUUGCAUGUGCUUUCAUAGCCUCUUUGCUUACUCACAAGAAAACCACUUUGCUCGGUGAUUCCAAGCUCUAUGAAAAAUUAGACACUAUAGAUUUGAUCUGGUUUACUAGAGCUUUAAUCGAUGAGCCAACCGGCUGGCUAUACGUCUUGGCCGGGUCUAAAGUUCCAUACUGUGUUCGAAAAUUGGCCCUAGAGAGAUUCAAAGAAGAAGCCGAGGUGAAUUUGGAGCUUGGCAAUGCAAUCGCCAGCCAAUUUGCCCAUCUUUCGGAGGAUUUGCACAACCUUCAAUUGUUGAGUCCCGUGUUUUCCGUUUUAACCCAGUUGAAAGAGAUUGACCAGGCUAAACAAAAUGCAGUGCUUUUGUUUGUUCCUGCUCAUGAUGCACGGGUCAAUGUCAAAGGAGGCUGGAUUGGGCUUGUUCAAAGAAGCGGGCACAAAAUCGAUAUUGCCAAGUUGGUGCACGAUAAUUUCGAUCAAAUGUUUAACUCCUGUGAUACCGCAUCUCCUUCUUGUUCAUCAUCAUCAAUAAAGGGUUUGGCGACAUUGGCAUUCGUUCAGCCUAAAAUGAUUGAACCAAUUGUUGCAUUGAUUGAAAAGGACUUGUCUGUAGACGGUCCAAUCGAUGACAACUCCAAAUUGAUCUAUCACGGAACAGAUGGUGAAAUGGUGAUUGAUGUGCUUGAGGAGAUCAAGAACAAGAAAAAUCACAAGGAGUUGGAUAAAAACUCCAAAGAUUACGAAAUCAAGGCUUGGGAAGCAAGUAUCGGGAAGGAAUUGAAACAGACAAAGAAGCUGUUAACACCCGAGGAAAAGAAACUUGUUGCGGAACAAGUCGCCCGGGAGUCCAAAAUACGGAACGAGAUCAAACUGAUUGUCCAAAAAGUCGACUUUGGCGUUGGGUUGACCCAGGAGCUUGUCAAGCAAGCCAGGUUUGUUGAAAAUGGUUCCGAAAUGUGGUUCCCUGCAUGUGUUAGAAAACUAUUGAAACUCGCAACGACCGAAAGCAGCCUCUUUAGCAACACAGUCGAUGCGUUUUUGGAUCUUUCCAAUUUGGCCAGCUCUCGGCUCGAGACGUUGAGGAAAUUUAUUGGAGUGGCCGUUUUGCGAUUGCACAAUGUCAACUUGGACAAGCAAUUGCAGCAGGAAAAUUUGGUGUCUUUGAUUGGCAGAAUCUUGUACCGUAUUAAGAUAUUGAGCGACCAAAACCCGUUGGACACUGCCACCUUGACCUACAUGCUCCCCUUGUUGACAAAGGUUCUCGAGCGUGGGAAAGUGGCUGCAUUUAAAAACUCCAAAAAGAUUGCAGUGACUUCAGAGUUUGCCGAGGAGGACCCCGAAGAAGAGCAAUUGUUGCUUUGCGUGGAAAUUAUAUCUGCACACGCCGAGUUGUUCUCGGACCCCGAGAUUCCUCGUGGUAGUAUUUUGGAGAUUUUGAUUUCCCUCAUGUCCAUCCCUUCAAAAGCGAAAAUCGUCAAGGAGUGUUUCUUGUCCUUGUGCCCCUACAUCGCAGUCGACAUUUCCGAGCAGGACUUGCAGUUGCUCUUGAAGAAUGUGGUGUCACCGCACGUGUUUGUUAGAUCAACAAUCUUGGAAGGAUUGGACUCGGAGUUUGAAUUGGAACAUUACUCGAGAGAAGUGUUUGUUGCUACAUUUGACACCGAUAAUAACUCGCGUGAGCUUGCUCAGACUAUAUGGGAAGACAAUUCCUUGUCAGUUGAUGGCACUGCAAGCUUGUUGGACUUGUUUGGACUACCCGAUGCUGGAUUGCGAUUAUCCGUUGCUCAUGCCUACACUGAAGCCACGAGAGUAACAGCAACGUUGAACAUUGAUGAGUUGUUCAACUUUUACCUUGAAAAGAAAAACCCGCCUGCUCCAAAGAAGGAUGAAUUCGGUCUCGUGAUCAAAUCCACCAUUGAUAACAGAGACCGCUGGGAGGAAAGAUCCACCGUUGCGUUAUCGUUGAAAUUCCUCGUUCCGCUCUUGACAAAAGCCGAUGUUCAAAAACUAAUUCAGUUUUUGGUUGAUGAAGCUUUGGGCGACAAGGAUGAAAAUGUGCGCCAACAAUACCAGGACGCAGGUAUCGAGGCCAUCAAGUCGCACGGUGCUGAAAACAUUGAGGUUUUGAUUGAAAUUUUUGAAAAGAAUUUGAGUUCCAAAAACAUCAAGGAACCAGUGGUUAUCUUGUACGGAGCCUUGGCAAGCCACUUGGAUGCAUCAGAUGCGCGUUUGAGAGUCAUUUUCGAAAGAUUGAUGAAGUCAUUGGACACUCCGGGAGUUCAGUUUGCUGUAUCUGAAUGUAUUGCGCCAUUGGUACCAGCAUUCCAAUCUGAGCUUAGCCAGUAUUUCGAUAAACUAUUUGAGCAAUUGUUCACGGCGAAAACGAAAGCGAAAAGAAGAGGCGCUGCUUAUGGUAUUGCUGGUUUAGUCAAGGGUUCCGGUAUCAAGGCUCUUUCAGAUUACGACGUCAUUCGGAACUUGACCGAUGCGUCUGAUGAUAAAAAGGAUGCAGUCAAAAGAGAGAGUGUUUCGUUGGUGUUUGAAAGUUUAUCAAAAAGUUUGGGAAAACUUUUCGAACCUUUUGUAUUUGAAAUAUUGCCAAUAAUCUUGAAGAAUCUUGGUGACGCUCAGGCAGAGGUCAGAACCGCUACCGAUGAUAGCGCCAAAGAAAUUAUGAAGAACACCUCGUCCUUUGGUGUCAAGAAGCUCAUCCCUUUGGCUAUUUCCAACCUAGAUGAAAUCGCUUGGAGAUCAAAGAAAGGGUCGGUUGAAUUGUUGGGUGCGAUGGCGUAUUUGGACCCGGAACAAUUGUCCGCGUCAUUGUCAAUCAUUAUUCCUGAAAUCGUUGGCGUGUUGAAUGAUACGCACAAGGAGGUUAGAAAAGCCGCUGAGCAGUCUCUUAAGCGUUUCGGUGAAGUUAUUAGAAACCCCGAGAUCCAACAAAUUGUUCCUUAUUUGAUCAACGCUAUUGGAGAUCCAACCAAGCAUUUGGACGAGGCGUUGGACAAGUUGACGAGAACACAGUUUGUGCACUACAUUGACAGCUCCUCGUUGGCGCUUAUAAUUCACGUCAUCCACAGAGCGAUGAAGGACAGAUCGGCAUCCACAAAGAAGAAAGCUUGUCAGAUUGUUGGCAAUAUGGCCAUCUUGGUUGACUCCAAGGACUUACAACCGUAUUUGAACGACUUGGUUGAAGAAUUGGAGACGGCAAUGGUUGACCCCGUGCCUCAAACCAGAUCUACUGCCGCUAGAGCAUUGGGGUCCUUGGUUGAGAAGCUUGGAGAAGACCAGUUCCCAGAUUUAAUUCCUAAGUUGAUUGCCACUUUGCAGGACGAAACAAAAGCUGGAGACCGACUCGGCUCAGCCCAGGCGCUUUCGGAGGUCAUCAGCGGCCUUGGUAUCAACAAGUUGGAAGAGCUUUUACCAUCGAUCAUUAGCUCCGCUUCUUCUCCACGUGCUGCUGUGCGCGCGGGUUUUAUGCCGUUGUUGUUGUUUUUGCCCGUUUGUUUUGGCUCCCAGUUUUCACCUUACUUGAGUAGAAUUAUUCCACCGAUUUUGAAUGGAUUGGCUGACCAGGACGAGGAUAUAAGACAAACUGCGUUGAAAUCAGGGCGGUUGAUUGUUAAAAACUAUGCCAAGAAAGCCGUCGAUUUGUUGUUACCGGAAUUGGAAGCAGGGUUGUCGCAUACUUCGUACCGUAUUCGUUUAUCAUCCUUGGAACUUACGGGAGACUUGUUGUUCCAGAUUACCGGCCUUUCUGGUAAGAAUGAGCUUGUUGAAGAUCAGCAGGUUAGUAAAACAUUGGCUGAAGUGUUGGGUCAAGAUCGCCGUGACCGUAUUUUGGCCGCCUUGUUUGUUUGCCGUUCAGAUGUUGCUGGUAUGGUAAGAAAUGCCAGUGCCGAUAUUUGGAAAGCGCUUGUUUCCAAUACUCCACGUACAGUCAAGGAAAUCUUGCCUUCGUUGACCACGCUCAUUGUGGGCAAAUUAGCUUCAGACGACGAGACACAAAGAGUCAUUGCUGCUCACACUUUGGGAGAUAUGGUUCGUCGUGUUGGAGCAAAUGCAUUGCCGCAGUUGUUGCCAACUUUGCAAAGCGCAAAGGACCAAGAAGGUGCAUGUAUAGCAUUGACAGAGUUGAUCAAGUCGACCUCGUUGGAGGGGCUCACCAUGUACCAAGAAACUUUCCUUUCCAUUAUUCACGAUGGUCUUGUCACUCACGACAAGCCUACCAGGAACGCAGCAGCUCAGGCAUUUGAAGAGUUGCACACGAAAAUGGGCAAUUUGGUCAUUCACGAGAUUAUACCACAAUUGUUGACUGACUUGAAUGCAACAACGGUGGUGGCGUUGGAAGAGUUGAUGGCCAACAAGUCGGACAUCAUAUUCCCAAUUACCUUGCCCGCGUUACUCAAGACACCAAUCAAUUACCAAGCUUUGUCUUCGUUAUCUUCAGUGGCUGGUACCGCUUUAUACAAGAAGUUAUCUGUUAUUAUAAACACAAUGGUGGAAGGCAUAAUGUCUGGCGAGGACAUUGUUGAGGAGUUCAACCAAGUGCUCUUGUCGGUGCAAGAUGAUGGUGCCCAUUUAUUGAUGCAGCAAUUGCUUGCGUUAAUGAAGAAUGAGGAUCCACGAAGAAGAGAAGUCAUUUUUGCUCAAUUGGACCUUUUCUUUAGCGAGGCUUCUUUGGAUUAUUCGAUGUAUCUUGAAGAUUUUGUUUUCCAAAUGCUUUUGUCACUAAGCGACCCAUCGCCAAAAGUGGUAAAGGGAAGCAUGGAGUCGUUGACUGCAUUGGUGAAGAAACAGCCAAAGGAAGUGUUGGAGAAAUUGGUCAAGCCUGCUAGUCAAGCUCUUCAUCUUACUGGUUAUGAAGUGCCGGCAUUUGCAUUACCCAAGGGACCAAAUAGUAUCUUGCCAAUAUUCUUGCACGGAUUGAUGUAUGGUACUUCGGACCAGAAGGAGAUGUCGGCUUUGGCAAUUGCAGAAAUCAUUGAAAAGACGCCAGCGGACAAUUUAAAGACGUUGGCAACUGUAAUCAGUGGUCCAAUGAUUAGGGUCAUUGGAGAAAAAGUUGCUUCGAGUAUCAAAUCGGCCAUCUUGGUGGCCUUGAAUAUUUUGCUCAUCAAGAUUCCCCAAUUUUUGCGAGCUUUUAUCCCACAAUUGCAAAGAACAUUUGUGCGUUGUUUGAGCGAUGCUUCCAAUGAGACGUUGAGAAGAAAAGCAGCUGUUGCCUUGGGCACCUUGAUUAAGCACCAACCGCGAGUUGACUCGUUGAUCACCGAAUUGGUGUCCAAUGCCAAGUCCACGGACGAUUCCGGUGUCAAGGCCUCGAUGUUGCAAGGUAUGCUUGCCGUUGUUGAAACGAAAGGAGAGCAAUUGAAUGAGGCUUCGAAAGCGAAUCUUUUGUCGAUUGUGGAAGAAGAGAGCAUCGAUUCUAUGUCAUCGGCGAAAUUGUUGGGUUCAUUGGCCAAUGUCUUGAAUAAAGACGAGACGCUGGAUUUGUUGCAAAAGAAAGUGUUGAAUACGCAAUCAAAGUUUUCGAUUUUGGCCAUCAAUUCGUUUUUGAAAUACGCGCCAGAGUUGAUUCAAGACAAUGCAAAUGUUGUUGAUUACGUGGUUAACUGUUCCAAUGCUAGCGAUCCAUACAUCAGUGAUAAUGCUACCAUUGCCAUUGGUAAAAUUUUGUUGUCGCAAAUCAAAGCAGAACGUGGUGGUGAUGCUGAAGAAGAUGAGGAGCAAUUACUCAGGCAAUUGGCGAAAUUAAUCAUCCAGCCAAAUUCAAACUCACCCGAUACAAAGAGAUUGGCAUUGAUUGUUGUUAGAAGCGUGGCGCACAAGAAACCGACGCGGGAUGAAUAUUUGGAUUUCCUUGUUCCUAGUGUAUUUGCCUCGGUCCGGGACCCCAUAAUCCCCAUUAAGCUCGCUGCCGAAAAGGCGUACCUAGAUCUUUUCAAUAUUGUUGAUAAAAAGUUGGACAUUUUCGACCGUUGGUUCCAAGGUAAAAGUGAAGUUGUUACUAUUGGUGGCACCACCAUCAAUGGUCGAUCAAUCGGCGAUUACACCAAGAGAGUUGCCCUAAGAUUAGCCAAUGUUGAAAGAGAACGAAUCGAACAAGGUGGAGAUGAAGAAACGUUGUUUAGUGAUAGAAUUGAAGAUGAAGAAGAGAUUUGGUCAGUUGGCAUUUGA